CAGGUCCCGGAGGACUUCAUCUCUCGGGAGCUCUUUGACACCAUCCAGGUGUAUGUCAUCACGAAGCCCGAGCUGCAGAACAAGCUGAUCACCGUGACGGCCAUGGAGAAGAAGCUGAUUGGCUGCCCCGUGUGUAUCGAGCACAAGAAGUACAGCCGAAACGCUCUGCUCUUCAACCUGGGCUUUGUGUGCGAUGCCAGAGCCAAGGCCUGUGUGCUGGAGCCCAUAGUGAAGAAGCUGGCUGGCUACCCCACCACCCUUGAGCUGGAAAGCGGAUUCAUCUCCAACGAGGAGAGUAAACAGAAGCUGGUUCCCAUCAUGACCAUCCUGCUGGAGGACCUCAAUGCCAAAGGAAGGUGCACCCUGCCCAUAGAUGAGUCGAACACCAUCCACCUGAAGGUGAUCGAGCAGCGUCCGGACCCCCCCAUUGUGCAGGAGUACGAUGUCCCCGUCUUCACCCAAGACAAGGAUGACUUCAACUCCCAGUGGGAUCUCACCACGCAGCAGAUCCUGCCCUACAUCGACGGCUUUCGGCACGUCCAGAAGAUUUCUGCAGAAGCCGAUGUGGAGCUGAACUUGGUGCGCAUUGCUGUGCAAAACCUGCUGUACUACGGGGUUGUCACGCUCGUCUCCAUACUCCAGUACUCCAACGUCUACUGCACCACGCCAAAGGUCCAGGACCUGGUGGAUGACAAGUGUCUCCAGGAAGAGUGUCUGUCCUACGUCACCAAACAAGGGCACAAGCGAGCCAGCCUCAGGGACGUCUUCCAGCUGUACUGCGGGCUGAGCCCUGGCACGACGGUGCGAGACCUCAUCUCCCGCUACACCCUGCAGCUCCAGAGGGUGGACGAGAGGGGGCUCAUC